AUGCUGCGGCAACAGAUGAUCCGGUCGCUGCGGAGGCCUGCCUUCCGCGCAGCCCUCAAUGGCAGCCGGGCCUUGAGUGCCUCGGCCCGCCGCCCAGCAGACGUUGAGCUCACUAUCGCCGGCUCCUCCCUCAUCCAGGCCUGCGACAAGGCCGGAGUUACCAUCCCGCGAUACUGCUACCACGAGAAGCUGAUGAUUGCUGGAAGUUGCCGUAUGUGCUUGGUCGAAGUGGAGCGGGCUCCUAAGCCAGUCGCCUCUUGCGCAUGGCCUGUACAGCCCGGUAUGGUCGUCAAGACCGACUCGCCUCUCGUCCACAAGGCGCGUGAGGGCAUCAUGGAGUUCCUGCUCGCCAACCACCCUCUGGACUGCCCCAUUUGCGACCAGGGAGGCGAGUGCGAUCUCCAAGAUCAGUCCAUGCGAUACGGUGCCGACCGCGGCCGCUUCCACGAGCUCGAAGGAAAGCGUGCGGUGGAGGACAAGAACGUUGGCCCAUUGGUCAAGACCUCCAUGAAUAGGUGCAUUCACUGCACUCGUUGCGUCCGUUUCUCUAACGACAUCGCUGGUGCUCCUGAGUUUGGUUCUUUCGGCCGUGGCAACGACCUGGAAAUCGGCACAUACCUCGAGACCGCCCUUGAUACCGAACUCUCCGGAAACGUCAUCGAUCUCUGCCCCGUCGGUGCCCUCACCUCGAAGCCCUACGCGUUCAAGGCCCGCCCAUGGGAACUAUACAAGACUGAGUCCAUCGACGUUCUUGAUGGACUUGGCUCAAACAUCCGCAUCGACGCCCGUGGUAUCCAGGUCAUGAGGGUCAUCCCGCGACUUAACGACGACAUCAACGAGGAAUGGAUCAACGACAAGACCCGCUUCGCCUGCGACGCUCUCAGCACACAGCGCCUUGUCAACCCACUAGUCCGCGUUGACGAACAAUUCCAGCCCGCCACCUGGGAGCAGGCGCUGGUCGAGAUUGGCAACGCAUACAAGAAGAUCGCACCCAAGGGCAACGAAUUCAAGGUCGUGGCUGGCCACCUCGUCGAGACUGAGGCGCUGGUGGCCAUGAAGGAUCUUGCCAACAGACUCGGCUCAGACAACCUGGCUCUUGACCAGCCCGGUGGCAGCGAACCCAUCGCUCACGGAAUCGAUGUCAAGUCAAACUACUCCUUCAACUCCAGGAUCUACGGUGUUGAGGAUGCCGACUACAUUCUCCUCAUUGGCUCCAACCCCAGAUGGGAGGCCGCCGUUCUUAACGCUCGCAUCAGGAAGCAGUGGCUGAGGACAGACCUUGAGGUUGGCUACGUUGGUGAGGACUUUGAGAGCACAUUCGAGUACGAGAAGCUUGGAAGCAACGCCAACGACCUCAAGAGCGCUCUUUCUGGGGAGUUCGGAAAGAAGCUGGCUUCGGCCAAGAAGCCCAUGAUCAUCGUCGGUAGCGGUGUCACUGAGCACGUUGACGCUAAGUCGAUUUACGAGCAGGUUGGAUCUUUUGUCGAGAAGAACAAGGACAAGUUCCACACCGAGGAGUGGAACGGCUACAACAUCUUGCAGCGAACAGCUUCCCGAACUGGCGCCUACGAGGUUGGCUUCACCGUUCCCUCAUCUGAGGUCGCCCAAACCAAGGCCAAGUUUGUCUGGCUUAUGGGCGCAGAUGAGGUCAACGAAGCCGACAUCCCCAAGGACGCCUUUGUUGUCUACCAAGGCCACCACGGCGACCGCGGCGCACAGCUCGCCGAUGUCGUCUUGCCUGGUGCCGCAUACACCGAGAAGUCGGUCACAUACGUCAACACCGAGGGUCGUGUACAAAUGACCCGUGCUGCUGUUGGCCUUCCCGGCGCUUCAAGAGAAGACUGGAAGAUCGUGCGAGCAGCCUCAGAGUACUUUGGCGCCGAGCUGCCCUACGACGAUGUUGAGGCCCUGCGUGACCGCAUGGAAGAGAUCUCACCUGCUCUCAGGAGAUACGACCUUGUUGAGCCCGCAUCGCUACCCAGCUUGAGCAAGGUUCAGCUGGUAGACCAGAACCAGGGCGCACAAGCGACUGGUCAAGCGCUGAAGAAUCCCAUUGAGAACUUCUUCUUCACAGAUGCCAUCUCGAGAAACUCGCCAACAAUGGCCCGUUGCUCGGCAGCCAAGGCCCAGAAGAACCCCAAGACAAACUUCAUGGCACCAGGUGAGCCAUACCCACAAGUCGGCUAUGGUCCUCAGGUAGCAGCAGCAGCGAACGUUUAG